GGGGAAUAAAAAGAGCUAAUAAAAAAUAUAAUGAUGAGAAAUGAGAGAGUUGUGAAGUGGUUAAAUAAUGAUGCAAAGCCAUAUUUGGGAGUGAUGUUCUUGCAGGUCACCAGUGCAGGCUCCGCCAUCCUUUCAAAGGCUGCUCUUAAUCAAGGGAUGAAUCCUUUCACUUUCUCCUUCUACCGAAAUGCCAUCGCCGCUGUUAUCUUUGCUCCUUUCGCUCUAUUUUUAGAAAGGAAAACGAGGCCUACAAUGACCACCUCCAUAUUCUUCAAGAUAGUGUUGCUUGCCUUAUUAGAGCAACUCAACUUGAAUUUGUAUUACGUAGGAAUGAGGUACACAACGGCGACGAUUUCAGUGACAAUGUUAAACCUUAUUCCCGCCAUGACAUUUUUGUUAGCUUGGAUCUUUAGGCUUGAGAAAGUGAAGAUUAGGAAUUUGCAUAGCCAGGCAAAGAUAGUUGGAACAGCGUCAGCAAUUGGUGGGGCCAUGAUAAUGACGCUUGUGAAGGGACCCAUCAUCUUAUUGCCCUGGACCAAGCACUCAAAUGACGUCGUAUCUCAUUCUGCUCAGCAUGUUUUGAAUCAACAUAGUAAUCCCAUUAAGGCCACGCUCUUGCUCGCUGGGAGCUGCUGUAGCACAGCCAUAUUUAUAAUUCUUCAGGCAAAUAUGAUCAAGUCAUACCCUGCCGGGCUCUCUCUCACUACUUUGAUAUGCACAAUAGGGUCGCUACAAUGCAGUAUUUUGACGUUAAUAGUCGAGAGGGGAAAUGCUUCCGUUUGGUCUCUACAAUGGGAUAUGACACUCUUAACUUAUGUUUAUCACGGGUUAGUGAGGUCAGGGGCUGUGUAUUACAUAUAUGGGAUAAUAAUGAAGGUAAAAGGACCUGUUUUUGUUACUGCCUUUAAUCCCCUAUCCAUGGUUCUCGUCGCCAUCAUUGGCUCCUUUGUGCUUUCUGAGAAAUUAUAUAUGGGAAGGGUUUUGGGAGCAGUAGUUGUUCUUGUUGGAUUGUACCUAGUUAUAUGGGGUAAAUCCAAGGAUCAAACUUCACCAGAUAAUAAUGAUGCACUUCCAAUUGAUCAUAAACAACCACAAGUAGUUCAAGGCUUCAACAAGGAUAUUACAGUGUCUUUGAAUUGAAAGGUAGAGCUGCCCAGGUCACAUCCACAUGAUUUUCUGUAACUUUCUAAGCUGUUGUUCAUUAUAAUAGUGUUAUUGUUUUCAAAUAAUUGUAAUAUACACUUUUGGGGAAUGUUACUACCCAAUUUAGUCA